AAAACAUUGGAGAAGAAAAAGCCGCUGCUCGCCUGAACAGCUUUAGCCCCUCGAUUUCUAAAAAUAAAAGCACGUUAUUGUGUCUGGCUCUGAGGAUUUAAAACCCUGAGCUGUGUGAGGACAUGAAAACGGAGACAUCCAAAGAUGGAGGGAUAUCAGAAGUUCGUGUGAAGAAAGAGGAGACGCUGGAGCUGAAAAUCUACAACGAUGGAGACGACCUCGACAACCCACCUGAAGGUCUCUCUGUUAAAGUGGAAGCUCCUGACAAUAAUGACUACCUCUACUGUGAAGUUUGCAAAUCCUUCUUCCUCGACAAAUGUGAGGUUCAUGGACUGCCCCUCUUCAUCCCAGACACUCCUGUUCCCAUGGGAGUCUCUGACCGAGCCAGAAGAACUCUUCCACCUGGGCUAGAAAUCCAGAAGUCCAGUAUUCCUGACGCAGGCCUGGGAGUGUUUAAUAAGGGAGAGACUGUUCCAGUAGGUGCACACUUCGGACCCUAUCAGGGAGAGCCGGUAAACCAGGAGGAAGCCAGGAACGGUGGAUACUCCUGGGUUAUAUACAGGAGCAUGCAGUGUGAAGAAUACAUCGAUGCCAAAAGAGAGAUGCAUGUGAAUUGGAUGAGGUACGUGAAUUGUGCCCGGAAUGAUGAAGAACAGAAUCUUGUGGCAUUUCAGUAUCGAGGGGAAAUUCUGUAUCGUUGCUGUCGACCCAUUAACCCAGGACAGGAGCUCUUGGUGUGGUAUGAAGAGGAGUACACCAAAGAACUCAGUCCUGCACCUACAGGAGCAACCAGACAGCAAGAAGUAAAGAACGCUCUGCUGCAAGUUUUUUCCUCCUCCACAUGUCCUCAUUCCUAUGCAUCUCAAAUUUACCUAGACAAACACAUCCAGAGAUGCCACGAUGAAGAAUAUGUGAGACUUCGGGAAUCAAGAGAGAGUAAAUAUGAAUUUCAAAUCCCCUCCAAAUGCUCCAGUUGUCAGCCAACAUCAGCUGAUACUUUCAGCUGUGAUUCUUCUCACAAUGAUGUACAGAAGGGAAUUCACCACUGCUCAGACUGUGGGAAGAGUUUUGGUCAUCAGAAUGCACUCAAGACAAACCAGUACAGUCACACAGGAGGAAAGCCACAUUACUGCUCACAGUGUGGGAAGAGUUUUAGUCGUCAAAGUGAUCUCCAACAACACCAGCGCAUUCACACAGGAGAGAAGCCGUAUCGCUGCUCACAGUGUGGGAAGAGUUUUACUCGUCAGAGUGAUCUCCAACGACACCAGCGCAUUCACACAGGAGAGAAGCCGUAUCACUGCUCACAGUGUGGAAAGAAUUUUACUCAACAGAGUACUCUCCAACAACAUCAGCGCAUUCACACAGGAGAGAAGCCGUAUCACUGCUCACAGUGUGGGAAGAGUUUUACUCUUCAGAGUUACCUCCAAAAACACGAGCGCAUUCACACAGGAGAGAAGCCGCAUCACUGCUCACAGUGUGGGAAGAGUUUUACUCGUCAGAGUCAUCUUCAAAAACACCAGCUCAUUCACACAGGAGAGAAGCCGUAUCACUGCUUACAGUGUGGGAAAAGUUUUACUCAUCAGAGUACUCUCCAGCAACACCAGCGCAUUCACACAGGAGAGAAGCCGUUUCAGUGCUCACAGUGUGGAAAGAGUUUUACUCGUCAGAGUGACCUCCAAACACACCAGCACAUUCACACAGGAGAGAAGCCGUAUCACUGCUUACAGUGUGGAAAGAGAUUUGCGCGUCAGAGUGAUCUCCAGCGACAUCAGCGCAGUCACACAGGAGAGAAACCAUUUCACUGCUCACAGUGUGGAAAGCGUUUUACUCAUCAGAGUAAUCUCCAACAACACCAGCGUAUUCACACAGGAGAGAAGCCGUAUCACUGCUCACAGUGUGGAAAGAGAUUUACUUGUCAGAAUAAUCUCCAAAGACAUCAGCGCAUUUACACAGGAGAGAAGCCGUUUCACUGCUCACAAUGUGGGAAGAGUUUUACUCAUCAGAGUUAUCUCCAACAACACCAGCGUAUUCACACAGGAGAGAAGCCGUAUCACUGCUCACAGUGUGGAAAGAAUUUUACUCUUCAGAGUCAUCUCCAAAGACAUCAGCGUAUUCACACAGGAGAGAAGCCGUUUCACUGCUCCCAGUGUGGGAAGAGUUUUACUCGUCAGAGUGAUCUCCAAACACACCAGCGCAUUCACACAGGAGAGAAGCCAUAUCUGUGCUCACAGUGUGGAAAGAGUUUUACUCAGCAGAGUAAUCUCCAACAACACCAGCGUAUUCACACAGGAGAGAAGCCGCAUCACUGCUCACAGUGUGGAAAGAGUUUUACUCGUCAGAGUGAUCUCCAACAACACCAGCGCAUUCACACAGGAGAGAAGCCGUAUCACUGCUCACAGUGUGGAAAGAGUUUUACUCGUCAGAGUGAUCUCCUAAAACACCAGCGCAUUCACACAGGAGAGAAGCCAUAUCACUGCUUACAGUGUGGAAAGAGUUUUACUUAUCAGAGUAAUCUCCUAACACACCAGCGCAUUCACACAGGAGAGAGGCCGUAUCACUGCUCACAGUGUGGAAAGAGUUUUAUUUAUCAGAGUAAUCUCCAAACACACCAGCGCAUUCACGCCGGAGAGAAGCCAUUUCACUGCUCACAGUGUGGCAAGACGUUUACUUAUUUGGUUACAUUUAAGACCCACAAGUGCACUAACUCAGAGACUUUGCAUGAUUUAAAAUUGUCAAAUUAAAUAUAGUUGUUACUGUUAGUUUUUGCUGAAAAUGAUCUGUACUUUGAAAUUUAUUGUUCAAGUUGUAUGACCCUUUUAAAAUGUGUAAUCUUAGUGUUGUUUAAAAUAAGACUAUUACUGUUUUCUUUCGAUCUUAAGUAGUCGUUAAGUAGUCCUUAAUUACCACCAUACAAGUAAUGAUUUAACUGCAACACUAUCAUUGUAGUACUGCAGCAUGCAACUAAUUGUCAUUGGAAUUUUUACUGAUCAGUUGUUUAAUGGACUGUGUUUAAUGGAAAUGUGGAUCAAACCAAAUGAUUAUAUAGCAUUUAAAUGAAGCUAUAUGCAUGAGCCUUGUGUAACUGGUAGAGCAGAAGGCAUUAUAGUUAUUUAUAAUGAUAAUCUAGGUAUCAUACAAAAACCUGAACAAAAUUCAAUACGUUUGAAAUUCUUUAUACUAACAUAUGUAGCCAAACACAAUAAGUCUACCCAGUCUCAUUAUUAUUUCCAGACCCGGGGUCUGUUUUCUAAGUUCCUUUGUGAAUUUGCGCAUUUCAUCUCAAACCUGGAUGUUUCUUUAGACAAAGAAUUAAUUGCUGGAGAUUUUAAUAUUUGUUUUGAUAACCUGGAAGACCAUCUGAGAACAGCAUUCAUGUCCAUUCUAGAUUCAGUAGGGGUUAGUCAGAAUGUCAUAGGACCCACUCAUAACGGUGGUCACACUCUCUCAAUCUAAUACUGGUGUUCAUAAUAAAUACAGAAAAUAUAAUCACA